AUGCCGCGCCCCAACUUCGACGAUCUCAUCCACAGCCCCCCAAUUCCCUUCACCCUGAAGAUCCUGGGCAUUCUUGGUGCCUUCGGCUGCGGUACCUAUGUGCUCUUCCUCUUCAUGAUACACCAGUACUACAGUAUCCGCUCCUUCGCCGUGCUCCUCUACCUGCUCAUAUUCUCGGUCAUCAUCCCUUCCGCGGAGUCGGGAUUGUUGAACUACACGAUGAUGGCCGUCUUUGCCCGUUUCCUUGUCUCCCCGAUGGGCCGCGCCUUCCUGUACGUGUUCAUGGGCGGCGUGAUCCUCGGCAAUGGCAUCGGUGGCUGGGUGGUGGGCGGGUACCUCUUCGUUGUCGCCAUCCUCAACGUCAUUGCCGGGUGCCUCCUGUAUGCCUAG